GCUCAUCGAUAGGCUUCGUUCGUCACUGAGUACAAACAUCAAUUGCGCACCAACUUUUCAGUAAAAACAAACAGAGUCGGAUUAUUCGAACGGAAGACAAACACCGAGGAGCAGCCAUGACAAUUCUGGGCAAAUUGCGGGGAGAGAUCAAGGACCAGGAGAAGGUGCCACUGCCUAUGAACCUCAACGAUGAGGCACUGCUGCACCAUGGCUCGUUAAUCGCACCCAAAGUCGCCUAUAGCGACACCGAAGCCGAUGCAGAGUCCAUGGUCUUUAACCGGCCACAGCACCAUUGCUUGAAAUCCUUUCUCCUGUUCCUCAUCGCCGUCGUGGUGAUGCUAAUGGGCGUUCUGGGCGGCUGGACGUUGUACCGCUUGUACGCCCCCUCGCAUGCCAGCAUGCGAUACCAUGCCCUGUGCGAGAUUCCCUAUCCCGAGGACUCGAUGGAGCAGCCAAGGAUUUACCAGCGCAGCGACGAGCCCUUCGCCCUGAACUGGCGCGCCCUGUUGCCGCAGUUCGGACCCCUGCCGGAUAGCAGCUCAGCCCUUGACGAGAACAGCAACUAUUUCCGCGAGGAAAUCGAACUGGACGGCGAGACCGACGACGAUGGCUAUGCCAGGGUUGAUGUCCCCGACUUUAAGGAUGGACGACGAGGCAGGUUCAUGCACGAUUUCAAGGAGAACCAGUCGGCCAUCAUCGACACCACCACCGGCAGGUGCUUCAUCAUGCCGCUGGACAGGGAGACCACCCUGCCGCCCACCAGCUUUGUGGACCUUAUGAAGAAGAUGGGCACUGGCUACUACAACAUCGAUACGGAGCGUGUGCGUCGCCAGAUGCGCGUGGUCACGCCCCGCAUAACCGAUCUCUCGCUCAUCUCGGAGCGGAUUGCCAACGAGUGCUACGAUAUGAAGGUCUAUCAAAUGGAGAAGUUCAUCUCGGGCGUCUCGAAGCGUUCAGCCGACCCCUUGCCCGAUGCCGGAAAGUAUGCCGAGUUCAUGGGCAAGGGCGUCAUCGAAUACGAUCUGGCCAACAUAGCAGAAGUGGAGGCCUAUGAGGCCAACGAGAAGGAGCAUCGCGCUUGAGCGACUGGCCGAAGGAGGAUCUUUUAAGCUACAACACCCCCAUAUAUAUGGAAGAAUACACACAACCUAAACCUAAACCUAAACCUAAACCUAAACCAAUUAUUAAUUAGAAUCGAUUUAUACAUACAUAUAACGGGCGCGCGGAGAUCUAUCAGUCCCGAGAUCUAGGAUCUGGAACCUGUCAUCAUCAUCUAGCGAAUGGAAUCGCUUAAGAUCCUAGUAGAGAAUUGUAAACAAAAAAUGUACCUAUAGAACGCAAUCAAAAGCGAUCGACGAAAUUUGUGACAAAUACGAUAGAGCGAAAGCAAGGAUGGGGAGCGGAUCGGAUCGGAUGACGGAUAUCGGAACACACUGCAGCAUUCCAAGUACAUAUUUUAUAUAGAAGUAUGCUCCUUUAACUACAUAUUCUAACAAGUAACGAGUAUAGAUCGAAGCUAUUUACAUGGAGCAAACCCAGCAGCAUCCAAAAUCUAAAAUCCCAACCAUGAGCCGAAAGAAACUAUCAUCGGAAACAACAAAUUAAUCUAAAUGUUCUUUAAACUUAAUUAAAAAUGUAUUAAACGCGAAUUUGUGAUCUUUAA